UGACUUUUUCCCCCCUGGUCGACCAUCCACCGGCCCUGGGCCCGGCGUUGGCCCGGCCAGGACCAGCGCAGGUCGACAGCUGGCACCCUCUCCGAGAGGAGGCCCUGCACUGCGACGAGCCCCUGCGCCGUCGGGAGGGGGGAGGGGAGGAACACAGGGAGGGAGAGGAGGAGGAGGAGGAGGAGGAGGAGGAGGAGACCUCUGCGUGUGAGGCCCUGCCCCUGCCUGGGCACCACAUCUACGAGCAGGGGGUGCCGACGCUCUCCCCGGCCUCCUCAGCACGUGCCGGAGCACGCGCAGGCGCGCCCCUGCUCGAUGGCGCAGGGCCAAAAAAAAGCCACGAUAGGGCCCGACGUAACGAUGGGGGCGGGAGGGCAAGCUCCGAGGAGGCGCGGAGGCGAGAUGCCGGGGGAGGGCCCCGGAGCCCCCCGGGGCCGCCCGGCGCGCGGGAGUCCGCCGCCCCGGGCCGCCCGGGCGUGCAGCGCCGGGCUCCGCCCCGGGCGUGCAGACCGCCCGCCCUGCGGCAGAGGCGCCGCCACGCGUGGGAGCUCCGCGGUGCGUGGGCGUGCGCGCCAGGACUCGGGCGAGCAGGGUCCGCUAUAGGCCCAGGCCUUCCCCCGAAGGGCGCUGCAGCGGCUCCAUGGAGGUUCGAGGAGGUACCUGCGCCAGGUGGCGAGGUCUAGGCAGGCCAGGCGGUCGAGGCAGGGAGGAAACUGGCCUGCAGAGGCACUGGGAUCAUCCCUCUCCACAAUCCCCCCCCUG